GAGACAGAUGAGAAUCUGAGCUGCUGCAGGAGCAAACACAUCCAGGAAAAGGAAAUGAAGAUGAUUCUGAGUAGCUGCUGAUGUGCUGCAGUUUUGUUGCAUUUUCAGAUUAGCCAUCACCUGAGACUUUUCUUAAGCUACACUCCAUUUGGCACUUUUCGGUGUGCACUGUUUGUAUUACUGUAAACAAUCAUAGAAGAGCAUAGGAAUGAUUCGGGUAGAGGAGUAAAAACUUCCCUAAACAUUCUGGAGAGCACUUAUGGUGAAUGAAGUGAUUCCUGCAAGCUUGUACCAUCUCUACAUCUCUGAGUGAUUUGAAUUUCCAUCUGAUGAGCAUCAUGACUGACUCAAACCACACCCCAUCCUGCUACGCCAACACCAGCACUCCAUAUAGAUAUUCUCCUGGCAUUAACAAAGUUGACUACUCAGCUGCCUUCAGCACUUUGGGCCUCAUCUCUAAUCUAAUUGCCUUUAUUGUCCUCAUCAGAUCCUUCAAUCAGACAAAAAGUCAUUCCCGCUCUUUCUUCCUCAUCUUCCUGGGUGGUCUUGUAAUCACUGACUUCAUGGGUCUGCUGGUCACUGGCUCCUUUGUGAUUUCGUUUUACGUUACACGUGUUGACUGGACCAAGUCAGACCCUGGCUGCCACUUUUGCAACUUCAUGGGUAUGUCCAUGGUGUUCUAUGGAUUGUCCCCUCUGCUACUCGGUGCCACCAUGGCCACCCAGCGCUUUAUUGGCAUCAAUCAUCCAUUUGCAAGUUCCUCCAAAAUGACCAAGACAAGGACUAUUUCCAUGAUGCUGAUGGUGUGGUUUGUCGCUGGAAGCAUAUCGUUGCUGCCACUAGCAGGCUUUGGUAGUUACCACAUUCAAACUCCUGGAUCCUGGUGUUUCCUCAACAUGACCUCCAAGACAAGUGACUGGGGUUUUGCUCUGCUUUUUUCCCUGGUUGGGCUGAUCAGCAUUGCAACUUCAAUUUUGCUGAACACUGUGAGUGUGGUGACCCUGUUCAAGGUUUACUGUGGAGCAGAGAGGAGACAGCGUAACAGAGACUAUGAAGCAGAAAUGAUGCUGCAGCUGAUAUUAAUCAUGACUAUUGCCACAGUUUGCUGGUGCCCCUUGCUGGUCUUCAUUGCCCAGACAGCUUUUGCCAGAACUGGUUUUGAAGUGAAAUAUCUGCUUCUCUGCAUACGCUUUGCAACCUGGAACCAAAUCCUAGAUCCGUGGGUAUACAUCUUGUUUCGCCGGUCAGUUUUGAGGAGAGUGAACCCUCAUGCUGACUGGUCCCGUACCUCCAUCAUUUCUUCGUCUUCAUCUAUACGUGACAAUGUCCAUCGAUUCACACGGUGUACACUGGGACCCAACCUGCGCUCGGAUGUCCCAGAGGAUCCUGAAAAAUUAAAUGUGAUGCCCUCCUCUCCAAUAACACCAUCCUCCCCUUCCCCACGUUUGAUUGGAUCUGAGUUAUAAUUACCUAGGAGUCACAUAAGUGUACCUGUAAAUGUGGUCUGCUCUGCUGUUGUUUUUCAUGACAAAUGUGAGGAAAUUAACUUGCAUGGUUCCACAAACAAUGCGAAGCAACUAUCUCCUUAUGGCUCUGUGUGGAUUUAAGAUGUCUGAUAUCAUUAUUCUUUCACUAUAUGAGCUUAAUGUACUUGUGUACAGAGAUAUAACCUAUAUUCAAAAAUAUACUUCAAAUAGCACCAUAUGCAAAGCUAAGAAUGAAAUGUGUAAGCUGGCAUUUUUCAGUUUUUUCUUGUGGAUUUGGUAUAUUUUAUAAACAGUUAAUAUGUUACUUAUUAUAACAGAAAUAUGCUGCAAUAUUCUGCAUAAAAAGGAGUUUAUACAGUUUGAGAAUUACAUAUUUAAAUAUCAAAACAUGAGAGUGGUCAGUAAGGAAGCUUUUGUGAUCUUUACAGAUCAUCAAAAACAACUUCCUUGAUAUUUUUCUUAUCUAUCUAUCCAUCCAUCCAUCCAUCCAUCCAUAUCCACUGAUUCCAGGGUCAUAAAGGGGAUGAUGAUGGUUGGGCUGUCAUUUGGUGAGAGGUGAGGUACUGUACAUGCAUUUUAGUAUGAAAAAAAGCAACAAUUAUAGGACACAAAGCAGAGACCACCAAUACCUUGAAUAUGUUUAUAAAAAUGAGUCAAUAUGAUUGACAGUAUUACCUUCUGCUUUGUGCUUUUAGUCAAAGUGAAAAAAGAAAUAUUUCAAUUUCUUGUCUUAGUCAGUGAUUUGUAAUUUAACAAUGUGAUAGUAAUGUGGUUUGUAUUCAUUACACGAAAUAUUAAACAUCUUUAAAAAUGUGUUUU